AUGCUGAGGACCAGCUCCUGGAAACGUUUUUCUGUUAAGGUCCUGUUCCUGGAAACGCCAACCCCCCUUCGUGUCUAUGAAACACCUCCCUCCUUGAACCACUCGUCUGUGGAGGUCAACCUCUUACAAUUGGAAAGACCCAGACCCACAGACCAGACCCCAGUCCCAACAGACCCUAGACCCACAGAGACCCCAGACCCAGGCCCUAGACCCACAGACCCUAGACCCAACAGACCCCAGACCCAACAGGACCCCAGACCCAGCCAGACCCUAGACCAAAUGAACCCAGACCCAACAGACCCUAGACCCCAACAGACCCUAGACCCAACAGACUCCAGACCCACAGACCCUGGGGACCCAAACAGACCCUGGGACCCCAACAGACCCCAGACCCCUAGACCCAAUAGACCCCAGACCAACAGACCCCAGACCCAACAGACCCAGACCCUGCAACAGACCCAGACCCAACAGACCCCAGACCCAACAGACCCCAGACCCAACAGACCCCAGACCCAACAGGACCCAGACCCAACAGACCCCAGACCCAACAGACCCUAA